AUGAAGAUUGUGGAUAACACUGAAGCAGGAGAAAAUCUGAUGGAGACGGAAGAAGAGGAAGGAAUAGACAAAAUAGAAGUAGGUGGAGCAAAAGAAGAUGAAGAAAUCAAUCAAGCUUCAUCGAUCUUGCAGAGGAUCAGUUCGGAUGCCUUGAAUUAUGUCGCGGUCUCCUCAUUAGACCUCAGCCGAAUUCCUAAGGACCCUUUCCGAGCCAAAGUUACCUGCCUGAGUUGUCCCCUUCUGCCCCUCUUUCCCUCUGGGGACGACCUGUUCAAUCGCCUUCAACUCCCAUUCCGCUGCACGUUCCUUCGACUCUCUCGCUUAGAACAAAUCAGUUUGGCAGGAAAAGGAAGGAAGCAGAAGAAAAAGAAGCGGGAAUAUGGCAAGCUGGACUCCGCGAACAGCGAGCUCGCCACCAUCUGGAAGAACAAGGUGGUGCAUUUAAAAGCAGCCUGUAACAACCCUCACACACUUGCCGAGUUGGAAGCAAACAUCCAAGCAGAAAUUGCAGCCAUUCGAGAGAAGGAACUCAAGUCCGUGGCAAUGAACUGCCUGAAACGUGCUCAGCAAUGUCUGGAUGUGGAGGGAGGGCACUUCUAG